AGCGCUGGGGACUCUGCUCCCUUUGAAUUCCUUCCAGCCAGCAUCCUUUUGGCAUCUUCUUGCAGAAGUAGCCAGGGCUAGCGCAGCUAGAAAGUUAAUGUGCUCCUUUUUGGCUCAUCGUGGUGGCCAGUCAGCACAGGAUUGCCAGGCCUGCUUCCCAGGGUGGUUCUGUUCUCAGCAUGCUCAGAGCUCCCCAGAGGGCUUGUGUAAAGAAGGAUGGUUUUGCCCAGCGGGCUCUGUGUCAGGCCAGCAUUCAGACUAUUUGUGCCCUGUGGGUCACUAUUGCCCCACUGGCAGCCCAGAGCCCAUACCCUGUCCCUCUGGAAAAUAUCAGGACCAGGCUGGUAAAAGCCAGUGUGAAACGUGCCCAGCAGGAAUGUUCUGUGCCCUAAAGGAUCACUCAGGUGAUCUCCAAGAGAACUUCUCACGUGGCGUGGUCAAACCAGUAGAAUGUCCAGCAGGAUAUUACUGCCCAUCAGGAGCAAAAGCUGCCGAUGGGUACCCAUGCCCAGAGGGUACCUACAGUAACCAAACUGGACUGGGAAAUCCCAGGGAAUGCAAGCCUUGUCCUGGAGGCACGUUUUGUGCCAGUGCAGGACUCUCAUCCCCAAGCGGUCCUUGUUUGCCUGGCUAUUACUGCACUUCAAAGGCACAUAUACCCAAUCCUGUUAAUGACGAGGCGGGUGACAUUUGCCCAGCAGGCCAUUACUGCCCGCCAGCCAGCAGCAAGCCAGAGCUAUGUCCCACUGGCACGUUUUUACCUCAGUCUGGGAUGGUUUACCGUAAUGACUGUCUGCCCUGCCCUCAGGGGAAGUUCUGCCAAGGAGAAGGCCAGGCCAGCGUUUCUGGCACAUGUUAUGCUGGAUAUUUCUGUGAUCUUGGAUCCACGCAGCCAGAUCAUAAGCACUGUCCCCCUGGUUUCUACUGUCCUGAAGGCUCUGGAUCUCCAACCCCGUGCAGCCCUGGAAGCUUCAAUUCUGACAGUGGAAAAUGGCAGUCAACAGACUGUCAGCUCUGCCCAGCUGGAUACUUCUGCAGUGGUUCUGGAGCACACACACCUGAGGUGUGCCCUGCUGGGUACUUCUGUCUGCCCGGUACCAACUUCAGUACAGAGCAUCCGUGUCCCAAGGGUACCUUUGGCCCCAGGACUGGUGCCACUAGCGAGUCUGACUGUGAGCCCUGCCCAGCAGGCAUGUAUUGCUCAACACGAGGUCUAUCACAGCCUUCUGGAUUUUGCUACUCAGGUUACCAUUGUACCAAGGGAGCCAUCAACCCAGCCCCCUUCAAACACAGGGUGGAAUCUUCCAGCCUUGGUCUGCCUGGGAAUGACAUCUGUCCUGUGGGGCAUUUCUGCCCCCGUGGUACAGGGUAUCCCAUGCCCUGUCCUCCUGGAUCCUUCUCUUCCAUCAUGGGCCUGGAGGCAGAGGAACAGUGCCAGCCCUGCCCAGCUGGACGGUAUUGCAGCGGAGCAGGAUUGUCUGAUCUGGCCCAGACAUCCCUGUGUAACCCAGGUUACGUUUGCCUGGAAGGAAACUCUGCUCCCUGCCCUUCUGAUGAGAUUCAUGGAUACAGAUGUCCCAGUGGCUUCUACUGUCCUGCAGGCACGGGGCUAGAACUGCCCUGUGAGCCUGGUACGUUCAGCCCUGUGCCUGGGGCAAGCGCCUGCCUCCCUUGCCCGGCUGGCAUGGCCUGCAGCAAUGCCACCACUGUGGAGCCACUCAGCUGCCCCAGAGGUUACUACUGUCCAGUUCGGACCGCUGUUCCCCUGCCGUGCCCCGAGGGGACACUGAACACCUUGGAGGGGGCGUUGGCCCCCACUGCCUGCAAGCUGUGCCCAGUGGGGAGGUACUGCAGAGGAGAUGCUAACUGGGAACCUGAUGGUCUGUGUUCAGCUGGGUACUACUGUGAAGGAGGAGCCACGGAUGCUGUUCCACAUGAGACACCUGCCUUCCCGCUCAGUGGGGCCUGCCCACUUGGGCACUAUUGUCCAGAGGGUACUCAUUUCCCAGUUGCCUGCCCAGCUGGGACCUUGAACAAUGCCACAGGUGGUACCUCCCCAGACAGCUGUGUGCCAUGCUAUCCUGGGUCUUUCUGUGCUAGCAUUGGUUUGAGUUCUCCAACAGGACCUUGUGCUGAAGGGUUUUACUGCCCAGCAAACUUCAGCUCCGUCAGCCCCACGGCAUUCCUCUGCCCUAAGGGUCACUUCUGCCCGUCAGGGGCAGCCCACCCAACGCCGUGCCCUCCCGGGGAAUACCAGCCAGCCAGGGGCUCUGGAUCCUGCGUUCCAUGUCAGAGGGGGUUCUACUGCCAGGAGCUGGUGGCAGGAGACCCCAAGCGCUGCCCACCACAUUCUUAUUGUCCUGCAGGCACAUGGGUUCCUCUCACAUGUCCUGAAGGCACCUUCACUCCUACAAAUAUGACUGGCCUCUGGAAUGAGAAGGAAUGCCUGUCUUGCUUACCUGGUCACUACUGCAGGCAUGGACGGCUGGAGGGGAAGUGUGCUGCUGGGUACUUCUGCCUUGCUGGGAGCUCUCAAGCUACUCCACAGGGCCAGGGCUUUUCCUGGCGCUUCCCAUAUGGGUGCCGCUGGGGUCAGGUGUGUGCAGGGCUGUGUCCUGCAGGGUUCUACUGCGUGGAGGGAUCUGAGGUACCUAUACCAUGUCCUGCCAAUACUAUUAGAGAUGUUCCAGGGGCUGUGAAGAGAGAAGACUGCCUGCCCUGUCCGUUGGGCCACUGGUGUAAAGCAGGGGACUCAGAGGCCUACCCAUGUCCAUCAGGACACUAUUGCUUCGGAGGCAAUGACAGCGACCACAGCAGUCUCCUGGCACCUCAGAAGUGCCCUCCACAGACUUACCGCAAGCACCCUGGUGCUCAGAGCCUGACAGAUUGCCAGCCAUGUCCUCCAGGCUACCACUGCCCUUUAUCAGGUCUGACCAGGUUUGAAGAUUAUCCGUGCCCCCCUGGAUACUGGUGCCCUGGUAAGGGGGACACUUUCCUUUGUCCAGCUGGCACUUCCAGGAUCCAGCCUGGUGCAAAAUCAUUGGAAGAGUGUGAACCCUGCUCACCUGGAUACUAUUGCCCGGAUCCAGCACAGACAGGGCUGCCUAACACCCAAGGAGUACCCUGUAAACCUGGCUAUGAAUGCCCAGCAGGUUCAGUAAAUCCAAAGCCUUGCAGGCCUGGCCUGUACUGUGGUGCUCACACAGCCGUGCCUUCUGCGUGCCCUGCUGGGUAUUACUGUCCUGAAGGAUCAUCAACAUACAAUAGCCCUGAGCAGCUGUGUGUGUUUCCCUACUACUGUCCCCCAGGCAGUGCCCAUCCCCUGCCUUGUGAGGGAGGGUACAUGGCCCUCAGCUCCCCUGGUCCAAGGGAUUCAUUCGAGAAAUUCUGCAGAAUCUGUGAUGCAGGCACCUAUCGUAGUGACUCCCUCAUCGCGGCACCCUGUCAGCCCUGCCCAGCCGGCUUCCUCUGCCCACAAGGCAGCGAGAGUUACCACAAGAAGCCUUGUCCCACUGGCCAUUACUGCCCUCCCCUGGCAUCUGCCCCUCUGCCCUGUCCCCCGGGCACCCAUGGGAGCAGCAACUUUGCGAAGCACAGAGAGGAUUGCCAGGCCUGUCCUGCUGGGUCCUUCAAUCACCUUCCUGCCCAGGCUGCCUGUUUCCCCUGUGGCAGCUCUUCUUCCUCUCAGCCUGGUGCUACCAGCUGUACCUGCCAUGGGCUGAACCGGGCCUUCCAGCACUCAGACGCCUCCUGUAUCUGCCAGGCAGGUUACAUUUACUAUGAUGAGAGAGGCAAGAAAGACCCUGACAGCAACAGUGAUCAGGACUGCCGACCUCAGGUGGAUGAGCUCUGUGCUCCUGGAGAGGUCCGUCUAGCAUCUACGCGCCAGUGCGUUUUUCCUGAGCGAUAUGACUGCUCUCCUUCUUGUGGGCCUGCAGGUGGAGAGAUUAACGCAGAGCUGGGCAUAUGUCACUGCAAGCAGUAUGUCUCUGCUGAGGAACUCUGUGACCAAGUGUGUUUGCUGAGAGCCCCACAAAUCUCCUUGGGGUUUGGCAUCAAUAGAGAGCUACUUCUGAGGAUGAAUGAAGGAGAAGUGAGGGAAGUGAGAAACGUUCUGGGCCCGGAUGAACACGUGCAGAAAAGCCAGCGGGUGCAUUUGGUUCUGUUUAGUCCCAGUGGAGUGCUAGGUUUCAUUGUCUCAAGCACAGAUGUUCUGGAUGCAUUUCUCACAGGAGAUAUUUCAUCAGAUCAGUUGCUGCAGAAGGGUCGUCAAGUCCAGAGGACUUCCUCCAAAGAUAUCCAAGCCUUGCCCCUUGUUCCUAACCCAGUAGUGUGUUUGGAAGCAGGAGACACGAUCCUUUUCCAGCUUAGCAUCAACUCCCACAGUUUGCCCAUGUUUUCCUGGAGUCUGGGACAUAUGUUUUCAGGGAUAGGACCAUUCAGGAACACUUCCUGA